AUGAGCGCUGGCACUGCGACGUUGGAGCGCGAGCUAUCCAGUACUAGACGACUAUUAUGGGGCGACCACGUGAAGGAAGACGUAUUUCGACGCUGGGCCCAAGGGUUUCAGUUCAGUCCUGAUGAACCAAGUGCUCUCAUUCAACAAGAGGGCGGGCCAUGCGCCGCCAUUGCUCCCGUGCAAGGGUUUCUUCUCAAGAUCCUUUUGUCGGAAACACCUGGGCAUAGCCUUCAAGAUUUGACUUCUGAAAAGUGCAAUUCCUUACUUGUUAGGGCUGUGUGUACGAUUUUAAGUCAGUGUCUAGCUUCUAAGUAUAAUGUUGCCGUAUAUCGGAAGAAUGAUACAGAGGCAGAGACAAGCACCAGCCUCAAUGUUAGUGCAGAGGAACAAUCUUGUGACACUAUUGAUCAUUUUCACAGAAGAAUUGAGGUUCAUUCUUUUCAAACAUUAUCAGAAGUUGAAGCAUUCUACACAAGAAACAUUCGUAUUUUGAAGGACAAGUAUGGUGUUCUUCUUUUACUAUAUAGUGUCAUUCUAAGCAAAGGAGUCAGUACUGUAGAGGCAGAGCUUUCUGAGCUAUCUGAUCCUCUUAUACACUCUACAUAUGGAUAUGGCUCUCAAGGACUGAUUAAUCUCAUGCUCACAGGCAGAGCAGUGGCACAUGUUUGGGAUCAUGACCAGGUUGUGGGUGGACUGCGUUUGCGGGGAAUUGAGAGACAAAAUGACAUAGGAUUUCUAACUAUCAUGGAACACAUGCAAUAUUGCACAGUUGGCUCUUUUUACAAAAACCCAAAGCAUCCUGUCUGGGUAUUGGCUUCUGAGACCCAUUUGACAGUGCUUUUUUCCUUUGAAAGACGACUAGCAGCACCUGAAACAGCUGGGGAAUCAGCUGAGCGUAUUUUUAGAUCAUUUGAUCCAGAAGGUAACAAUUUUAUUCCCUCAGCAGCACUACAGGAUGUUUUAUGUGCUGCUGAUCUGGUUAGUGAACCAGAAUAUGUGGAAUUGAUGAGAAGGAAACUAGAUUCAGAGAACUUAGGAAUAAUUUUAUUGAGUGCUUUCAUGGACGAAUUCUUUCCUGGUUGUGAACGUGGUGCUCCUGACACAUUCACUCUCCAUCAUUAUAAUGGGUUGUCACGCAGUAAUCCUGGGGGACGAGUGACAUAUGGCACAGGUCGUGCGGCACUUCUAGAGUGCCCAAUGCGCGCUGCCACCACUGAUCCUAUGUUGACAUGCCUGCAGACCAAGUGGCCUAGUAUUGAUGUGGUUUGGGAUGAAGGCCAGUCUCCUUCUCUCAAU